AUGGACGACUUCGCGCGCUCGCUCGACUCGCUCGACAGCCCAGGCGCCGCACCGCGCCCCAUCCCGGUUUGGCUUGAUUGCGACCCCGGCCAUGACGACGCCAUGGCGAUCAUACUGGCGGCGUACGACCCCCGGCUGCAGCUGCUGGGGAUAAGCACUCUAGUUGGGAAAGCCCUGUCGCGGCAUCAAGCCAUAAGCAAAAAGGAACAACAACAAAAGCUGUUGCCGCUGGCGCAGGUCACGCGCAACGCGCUCGAUGUUUUGUCAAUCGCGGGCGUGGUCGGCGUGGACGUGGUGCAGGGCCAGGCGCGCCCGCUGCUGCGGCCGUCGCCACUGCUGUGCCCAGAGAUACACGGGGAGAGCGGCCUCGACGGGCAGCGGCGGGGGCGCACGACCAACGCUCAGAGGCCGCCGGACGCGCACGCCGCUCGCGUGCUCCUGAUUCGUAGCCCGGAGGGCGGCCCGGUGCUGCCGCACGGCGGCGGGCAGGCGCUGCCUGGUAAGGCGCCGGUGGUCAUGGCGGAGCGGAUAGGCGCCUUCCUCGCGGAGAACCCACGGGCGGCACCUGUCAGGCUCAUCUGCACCGGGGCGCUGACCAACGCGGCGCUGCUGCUGAUGCUGUACCCCGAGCUUCACAGCAGCCUGGAGAUCGUGAUCAUGGGGGGCGCGCUCGGCGUAGGCAACACGGGGCCUGUCAUGGAGUUCAACAUUCAAACUGACCCCGAGGCGGCGAAAGUGGUGUUCGAGGCCGGGCUGCCGCUGACAAUGGUGCCCAUAGAGGUCACACACACGGCGCUUGUCACGCCCGAGGUCCUCGGUCGCCUGCUGACCAGCCGCCCCGGCAUUUCAAAAUUCAAAGUGUUGAUUGAGCAGCUGCUGACAUUCUUCGCGGGCACCUACCGGGAAGUUUUCAAGUUCACAGACCCGCCGCUGCAUGAUCCCUGUGCUGUCGCAUAUGUUGCAGACCCGUCUAUUUUCGAGGUGGAGGAGAUGCGCGUCGACAUCGAAACAGCGUCGCCGCUGUCGGCCGGCCAGACGGUGUGCGACGUGUGGCACCAGACCGGGCGCCCCAAAAACUGCCGCGUGGCGAGGUCCAUGGACGUCAACGCGUUCUGGGGGAUCAUGAUCGACGCAUUAGAUUUUGCAGACAUCGCAACGCCACUGCGGUGA